UCUAUAUCUUACCUUUUGAAGGAGCGUGUGAAAAGUGUCCUAAAGAGAGUCAAUCAAAAUGGGUUCGAUGAUUGACAUGACGGAUCUCAAGUUUCGAGCUUUGAGGAGGCUCAAGCUUUCCGAACCGGACGAAAAUAAUCCCCAAGAAAAAACGCAUAUGAUUUCUAACUGCUCCAAGUUCGGACUGGUGUUUGCUGCCGCCGGAAAACAGUUGAUCACGUUGUCUGCUGACGAUAUUCGUGCCUUCGACGACGAUGGACAACAAACUCGUCAACCGGAUGUUAUUGAUCACGGUGGACGUGUCACAACUCUGCCGGGUCACGCUGUUUGUGUGAAAACUAGUUGCGAUGGCCUGACUGUUGGUGUUGUUUGUCAGACGACAGGAGCUGUUCGAUUAGUUCUUUAUGAUGUCAGAGCGUUGAAUGCUUCGAACUACGUUGGACCAUUCAUGCAAGUGCCUCUGACUUCUGAAACCGGAGUGUCAGUGACUGACUUGGCGUUCAACCCAGUUUCCCCGAAUAGCCUUGCUGUCGUGCUUUCCAAUGGCAAGGCUCUGCUUUUGGAAAUCAAAGAGUCUUCCUUCGUUUUGAGCGACGCUCAGGGAUUCAACUCGUGUCGAUGUGUGUGCUGGAGUCCGAAAGGCAAGCAGCUGGUCAUUGGUCAUGCCGAUGGUUCGUUGACUCAACAUAAGCCGGAUUGGACUCUCGCGAAGAAAAUCCCGGCGCCAGACGCUGAACAGAUUAAAAAUAUUACCAGUGGAGCCAAUUGCGCCGGAGUUGAGGUUUUGAGUAUUCAGUGGCUGUCGACGUUUGUCUUCCUCGUGUGCUAUGGAUCCCUCACGGAUUCCGAAUCAUAUUUAUGUAUCCUGAAUGCACCCAAGAAUGCACCCUUGAUUUUCAAGAGCUUUGGAGAUAUUUGUUACUCUUCAAACUCAAAAAGACGCCGCAACUUUCACUUGGAACCGCUUCGAGAAUGGGGUUUGAUUUUAUGCUCGAGUGCGAAUGCUGUGGAUGUUGGGGUGUUGGGUAAACUAUCCCUAGCCGAUCCCGACGAUGCAAUGAAUCAUUUUUGCCUGGAUGACAGUUCUCGGGCAGAAGUGCCUUUGGGCCCGAAUGACGAAGAACAUGCUUCAUUGGGUCUUACAUUGGACUUCUCGUCAUCUCGUCAAAUUAUCAUUGGAGAAAACGCAUUUCCGCCUGCUCCGCUUUUGUUGUUAUACACGACCAGCGGUUUGUUGUGUCCAUAUCACGUGAUGUACAACAAGCCGGAUUUGCCGAAUGUCAUGAUCCCGAGAGAAGACCUGAAGGCCACAGGGAAUGCGAGACCGUCACAACAUCCUGUGUCGCCAGCUCCGUCAAGUCUGCCUCCAGCUGCUGUUGUUGCGCCAAAGCCAUAUUUUCCACCUGGAUCCGGGAAUUUCUCAUCGCCAUUUGCGGCACCUGCGAAACCAAAUGUUACUGCUGCCACUUGUGGGAUUGCAAAUCAGCUGCAAGCAGCCAUGUUUCCGACAUCAGCAGUCCCUGUUCAAGUCGUUCAGUCCCCAGCUGUAACUGAAGUAAAGCCCUCCGUAGCUGUUGUCACUGCCGCGGAACAAGAAGCAAAAAUUGCAGCGAGAGAGCAGAAGGAACGAGACGCCGCUAAGGAACUGGAAAAUCAGAGGCGCUCGGAAGCUGCCAAAUGUCAGUUGGCUAUCAAAGAAGAAAUCGCCAUGUUCAGUAAAGAAUUGGCGAAACUGCAAAUGAACACGUCUCGCAGUAAUUUCAGCGUUGCCGAUCAACAGGAAAAAAUUCUGUUGGAGACGAACACUUUAGCGCUGAGCAAAAGGAUGAAAGUCAUUGAAAAACUCACUGCGGACAUCAGCGAUAAAAUCAAGGACUUGCAGACAUCUCUCUUGGAAUCCUUCGCAUCGAUUGAAGAUGCCGAGCAGCUUGCAUUCCGCAAUAAGGAUCCGAGGUACAUGCAACUUUUGGAGCUACAUUCUCCCGGCAUUUCUCUGUCGAAGAAGAUAUUCGCUCUUCGCGGUCAGCGCCUGUAUAUCCAUGAUCAAAUUUCGCUGGCGCAAAAGGCUCUGGGUCAAGAGUUGUUGGAGAUUGACGUGGCUUCCCGGAGACUGAAUUCGCCAGGAUUGGAAAGCUUUCAACGGCGCCUACACGACAACGUUGAUCCGAGAUCGUUGCAGAGUUUCGCUCAGAAAGAGAAACUUAUUCUACACAAUGCUGCGACGAGAUUGGAAAUGAUUCGGAGGCGAUGUGAUAGGUUAGAUCCUCGAGGACGUGGGGAAACUGCCCCUGUUCGUGUUCAAAUGUCUCCCCCUGCAACUUCGAAGCAAAGCUCAAGGAAACCUUUGAUGGAAAGCAACUCAUGGGCAUCCGCUGGUGGAUUUAAAAAUGCAGAAGAGGCCAAAGAGACACUCUGCGAUGGGAUUCCUCAACUUGACCAGGGAAAGAUCAAGUAUCUCUGGUCUAUGUACGUAUCAAAAACGUCAGUCCCUGUGCGGAAAGUGAAAUGCGCUCGAAUUCCUGGAUUCGGAGCCGCUCCGAAGGUUGUUCCCGAAAAGUCGUUGGAGAAGGAAACCCCUCAAGUAGUGUCACUUCCGAAACCGACAGGAAAGUCUCCAAAUGUCUUUGCUGAGUUGAAGAAACAAUCCAUGAUGGAGCAGAAAUCGUUGGAAUUGUCUUUGAAAACCGCUGCUCUUGCCAAACCAGCGGAAAUUCCGAGUACCGCGCAAAAUUUCGUGCCGGUUCCUGCGUCACCCAAACUGAGCGUUUCGUUUGCCAAAAAGCCGGAAGAACCUGCUCCUCGAUCAUCGAGCUCGUUUUUCGGCUCAUUUUCUUCCAUUAUCAGUAAACCGUCGUUUGGCGACAGUGCGAAAAUUGCUCCCGUCAUCACAACCUCUGCACCGACGGCAUCAUCCAGUUUCGCUUUCGGAAAAGCGGAUGCGCAGCCCAAGUUUUCUUUCGCUCUGCCGACAGCUACAACUGCUCCUACAACAUCGACGACGACGACGGGUAUGGCUACCAUCACCUUAUCGGAAAGUGUGUCGAAACCCCCUGCUUCAUUUCCGGGGGUAGGUUUUGUCUUGGGCGGCUCUGCCGACACUGCUGCGGCGGAACCCGACGUGAAGGACACCAAACCCGUGCUGAGUAUUUUCCCGUCGUCAACUCAACAGUCGAAACCGUCGGAAACGCUGUGGUCCCCGGCGGCGCUGGUCUCGACACCUGGUGUUUUUGGUGCGAUGGCAUCACCUGGAAUGAGUGUCAUCACGAGUGCUUCGGCUGGGGAUGGUGUACGAUCCGCUUUUGCCGCCACACCUAGUAGUAGUAUGGUCAAGAUAGAUCUGAAGGAGACUCCAACCACGAAGCCCAUUUCGGAUGCAUCGAAGCCGGCUAGCGUUGCGAUGAUCUCGGCUGGUUUUGGUACCCCUGCAAAAACAGAGGUGUCGAAGCCGUCUUCCGUCACUUUUGGAGGGACGACCAUUAUUCCCCUUCCGCGAAAUGACGCUGCUCAGGCGCCACCUGCUUUCAAGCCAAGCAGCACUGCCUUUGCAAGUCCUUUCUCGAUGACGACGACGACGACGCCGCCUGUUUCUUCUGCUACGUCACAACAACAACCACCACCACCGGCAGCGACGACGUUAACGACUACAUCUGCGCCGAUUUCUGCAGCACCUCCGUCGAAAACGACGACUGUCGAGCUUCUUUUGAACGCCCCGUCUGCGUCCACCUUACCGCCAAGCGGUGGGCUUUUUGGGAAGCCUUUCACGACGGCAACUGUUGCCACGUCUGGUGCCGGGAAAGAUGCUUCUUCCUUUAGCUUUAGUUUGACGCCGUCAGCGACAGCGACUGACAGCCAAGCAGCGACGACGACGACAGCUUCGUCCCUGAGUUCCUUUUCGUUUGCCAUGAAACCAGCUCCAAACGUGACUGUAACAUCGUCAUCCCCGUUUGGAGGUUUUGGUUCUGCCCCAGCUGCUUCUGCUGCUGCUGCGACGACGACGUCAUCGUCGUCAGUCUUCGGUGGCUUUGGAUCGACAUCAUCGACGCCGUCGUCUUCUUCCCCAUUUGGUGGAUUCGGUGCGUCGACAUCGGCUGUCGCAGCUCCACCACAGACCACGACGACAGUGUUCAGUGGCUUUGGUUCAGGACCUGCUACGGUGACGUCUGCUUCACAGUUCGGAGGUUUCGGCGGUUCCGCCGCCCCUUCUACCGCCGUGACAUCAUCUUCCACAUCUGGAUUCGGCGGUGGGGGUGGUGGAACGUGGGGCGCCGUCUCGUCAGCAACCCCUGCGAAAUCCCCGUUCGGCUCGUCGGCGUUUGGCGGCUUUGGGACGCCGCAGGCUGCUGCGACGACGACAGCGCAAACGCAGUCUCCUUUUGGUGGAUUCGGAUCGACACCUGCGCCUGCCGCGGCUGUCUCGCCGUUUGGCGGUGGUUUUGGUUCGACACCGACAGCAACCACGACAAAUGCCAAUAGCCUGGGUUCGUUUACGAGUUCGUUUGGAAAUGCGUUUGGACUCGGAUCGUCGUCGUCGACGGUGCCUGAGAAUAAGAAUCCCUUUGGAGGCAGCACGAGUUUUGCGGCGCCGAGCAGUGGUGGCGGUGGUUCCGUGUUUGGCGGCUCCGCGACGGCAACAACGGCUGCGAGCAGCAUUUUCGGCGGCAGUGGUGGCACCAGUACGGGCUUUGGACAGACGAGCCCCUUUGGUUCUUCGAUGGCUGGUGGGGGUGCGGCCAGUGCGUUUGGAAAGCCUGCUGCCCUGGGCACGGGUUUCGGACAACCACCGGCCUUUGGUAGUUCUCCGUCUAAUGCCUUUGGUGGUGCACCUGCCUUCGGACAGCCGAAUGCAUUUGGUGGUUCACCUGCUUUUGGAGCGGCGCCGUUGUUCGGUGGUUCACCUGGCGGUGGAGCAAGUUCUCCGUUUGGUGGUACUGCGACUGCGGGAUCACCUACUUUCGGAUCACUGGCUGCCAGCCAAGAUGUGCCUACCUUCGGCAGCUUAUCAGGAUCUACUGGAGGUGGAGGUUUCGGGGGAUUGGGUUCUUCCGCAGGAGCUCAACCUGUUGUUGGGGGUAAUCCUGGGUUUGGAUUUGGAGCUGGAGCUGCAGUCAAUACUGGUUUCGGGGGUUUUGGGCAAUCAGCCCCCAGCCAACAACAACAGCAGCAGCAGCAACAGUCUUCAUUUUCUGGAGGGUCUUCCUUCUCGUCAUGGCGUUAAUGAUAGGGCACUUCCGACGAUGAUUGGAGCCCGGGAAACCUUGUGAAAACCUCGUGACGGAAAAUAUUCUCUUCAAAGAAGUUUUUUUUUCAUGAUCGGUCAUAUUUUUUUUUGUGCUGGAUUUCUGAGUUCUUGUCGUAUAAGAAAAAAAUUUUCAAUGGACUGAUUUUUUCGCGCCUUUC